CAAAAUUUGUUUCUUUGGUAUUUGUUUUGCAUCAUCUUCUCUAUAAAUUUUCAAUUCUUUAAGUUAUGAAGGUUAUUUUAUUUUUUCUAUAUGCUUCUCUUUACUUAAAUUGCAUCGAAGGAGCAGUAACUCUACCACAAAAUGCUUCUGUACAAGCAGUCAUAGCAUUUGGGGACUCAUUAAUGGAUCAAGGGAACAAUAACCAUAUCAAAACUAUUUUCAAGGCUAAUUUCCAUCCGUACGGAAUGGACUUCACCAACGGGAACCCAACUGGAAGGUUCUCCAAUGGGAAAACACUCGCUGACUUUUUUGCGAAGGGAUUUGGAGUGAAGGAGUAUCUUCCAGCAUAUCUAGACCCUCUCAUACAACAUAAAGAUCUUUUAACUGGUGUAAGUUUUGCUUCUGGUGGUGCUGGUUAUGAUCCCUUAACAUCCAAAUUAUCGAAUGUUAUGUCGCUAUCAUCUCAAUUGGAAAUGUUCAAACAAUAUAUUCAGAAGCUUAAGGGGAACAUAGGGCAAGAAGCUGCAAUGAAUAGGAUUACCAAUAGUGUAUUCUUGGUUUCAGCAGGAACCAAUGAUUUUCUUGUAAACUAUUUUACAUUUCCGAUGAGAAGAUUACAAUAUGAUGUCCCUGCUUAUGGUAAUAAAUUGGUGAAGCUAGCUAGCAAUUUUUUACAGGAAAUACACAAAUUGGGAGCAAGAAGGAUAGUUGUCUUUAGCACAUCUGCAAUUGGCUGUAUACCAAUUGAAAGAACCCUAGCUGGGGGAGCACAAAGAAUAUGUGUGGACAAGUACAAUAAAGCAGCACAAUUUUUCAACAGCAUGCUAAAACUAGAGCUCCAAGUUCUUGCAAGCAAUCUUCCUCAAACAAGGAUUGCCUUCUCAGAUUUCUACAAACCUCUGAUGAACAUCAUUGAAAACCCUCAACAAUAUGGAUUGGAAGUUACAAAUAGAGGUUGUUGCGGAACAGGAGAGCUAGAGACGAGUUACUUGUGCAACAAGCGAAUGACCCGAACGUGCCACAACGACUCUAAUUUCUUCUUUUGGGAUAGCCUCCACCCAACAGAAAAAGGAUGUGACAUCUUCGUAAAUCUUGUUUUACCUGAUAUGAUGAAAAAGUUGUUUUAAGGUAAUUUGAUUUCUAUAAUGGUAUAAUUUGUUAUUGUAGAUAUAAUGGACCAUGUUUUAUGAAAAAAAAUGAAUACAAGUUGAUGUGUGUUGGUGAUUUAAGA